CCUGGUGAAGUCGAAACAACUUACCAAGAUGAGCUAUUUUUACUGAGCAGAUUGAUGGGAGCAGCAACCUCAAAAAGCAUCGUUAUAAGGAAGAUACCUCUGCAGUUGUCACCUACUGACCCAACAGUCUCUUCCACUGUUUGUUAGAGUAUACAGCAGGAACUGAGAUUGUGUGGCAGUAGAAGAGGCUCCCAUGAAUUAACUAGCAUAAAAUACAGAGCAAUUUAAAAUUAUAAACACAGAGUUCACAAAAAGUCAAGACCCUUCAACUAAACACUACAAUUUGUACAAUAAUCUGGUUAUUUGUGGGAUUUUGCUUUUUAGAAAUCAGAUCUAUCUAACAUCUUUUACACUUAGUAGUUUGUGAGCAAUUGGUCACACGGUAAAAUAAUACACUUGGCUAAUAAAUUUUAAUAUUCUUCAGUAAUAUAGUAAUAAUCAUACAAAGUACCUAGUUAUAAACAGGCCCAUUAUUACCCAAAUGACAGUGUUAAUACAGCCCAGUUAUUUCCUUGAGUGAUGUGUUCCUCAUGUACAUCUCACACAAUCUUAGGAGUUGAAAAGGAACUUCAAGGUCAUUCCCUCUUGAGAAAUUUAAUUCUACUCUGACAAUUUGGUUAUUACCUGUUUUAAGCUACCUAUAAGAGCUAUUUAAAAAAAAAAAUCAUACUUUGGUUUAUAUGUUAGUUUUUUUCAUGAAAGAUGAGCUAAUCAUAAUUUCAAACAGUAGAAGGCAUACAUAUGUAGGUUUGGAAGGCAAAAUGUCUUGCUAAUUUUGCUUCUGUUUGUAUGAAGUCAAUAAUGAAAUUAGUUCACAUUCUGACUUUCUUGGGUCUGUUAUAUGAGACUAAGAACAUAUCAGGCGAUAAGACAGAAGAAGGCUGGCUGAUCAUUAAAACUUUUAUUUUCUUUCCCCAGUUUGCCCGUUCACCAUAUAGAAUGUAUUAUGCUACACUGGAUCAAGAGUUUAUUUAUGGAGAAAAAGAAGAUGCUUCAAGAGAUGGCCUUGAUAACAGUUAAGAAAGCAGGACACAGAGCUAGAAUGGGGAGAAAAAAAGUCGAACACAGACUGACAAGUAAAGGAUUAAAAGAUCAGAGGCUAUAGAUAUAGAUCUAUACAGUUUUGGAAUAAUGGGGUCUCCAGAUUAAUAAGCACUUUGAACAAAACAUUUGAUUCUGUUUAGAUGAAAAAUAAAAGAAACUCUUUAUUCCCUUUGCACAAGGAGUAAAAGUUGUAACGACAGUAUAGGGCAGGGAAAUUAAGCAGGAUUAUGUUUUGGGAUUUCCCUAAGAGACAAAGAUAGCACUGAAAUGGCUGCUUGAGGUGCCAUUCUCUUACUUAUAUAUAAAAUCACAAAAGCACCUGAAGAAUUAAAGAAUCAAGAUUGCUAUUCAAUCGCUGAAAAACGGAACUCAAUUUAUGAAGCACAGAAUAUCUCUGAAAGAGUAUGAUGCAAACAGUUUUUUCAGAGUCUGUUUAUAACUAAAAGCACUUACGCUAAUUUUAUUCUGUAUUCUAUUUGUAGCUCUAAUCAAGUAUGACAUUUCAUAGUGGAGCCCAAACAAUAACUACUUUCCUGUGACUGACACACAGUUAAAAUAAAAACCUCUUUGGCUCUACACAAUGGAACAGAGAAACAAACAGAAAACCUGCUGGUUUUAUAUGUAGAAACAAUCUAUACACUAAAGAAUGACUAAAUACAUGAUCAGUUUUUUUAAAAAUGAGAAAAUCACUUAUCAAUUUAGAACAUAAAACAUGGAUAAAAUAGCAAAUUACUAGAUUCUUUACUAAGGAAUAUUUUAAUAAAAGGAAUUUUAUCUAAUUUGUACUCAGCAAAUAAAAUAUGUAAUUAACAUGAAAUCAAAAUACACAUGGUACUAGCAUUUUUUUGUUUUUUCAUUGAGUAGUUGGAGAGGGGUGAGCCUUAGAGCACAAAGGUACCUUACUUUGAAAAAAUUACCUAGUAAGCUGGGCACAGUGGCUCACAUGUGUAAUCCCAGCACUUUGGGAGGCCAAGGCGGGUGGAUCACCUGAGGUCAGGAGUUUGAGACCAGCCUGGGCAACAUGGCAAAACCCCGUCUCUACUAAAAAUACAAAUUAAGAUGGGCGUGGUGACAAGGGCCUGUAAUCCCAGCUACUCAGGAGGCUGAGGCAGAAGAAUCGCUUGAACCCAGGACGCAGAGGUUGCAGUGAGCUGAGAUCAUGCCACUACACUCCAGCUUGGGCGACAGAGCGUGACUUCAUCUCAAAAAAAGGAAGAAAAACUACCUAAUAAGAAAGUUUAAAUCUGUAAGGGUACCCUUCGUAACCCAUUUGCAUUCUGGUUGCUUCCUUUUUUGAAAGAAGGGCAGAGCUACCUCUCUAGUAUGCAGAGGUGUGCAGCCUAAAUGAGAAGGUAUUCAAGACCCUACUAGUGUCUGACAUAAUAAAUGUCAACUUCAUUGACGCAGUUCUUGGUAUAACCAAAAAAGCUUGAGAUGGCCAUGAUUAUGUAUGACUAGCUCUUCUUUAACAUUUUUCUUAACAUUAUUUCUCCUAACAUUAUUUCAAACAGCUACAAAGAUUUAACCAAAGGGAGGAGAAAAAAAACUACCAAUUUUACCCUAUUAUUUAAAGCAGGUAGUUCAAAUAAGUAGCUUCUCUCAUAGACAGAAAUUAAUGUUGGCCGGGCACGGUGGCUGACGCCUGUAAUCCCAGCACUUCGGGAGGCCGAGGCGGGCGGAUCACGAGGUCAAGAGAUUGAGACCAUUCUAGCCAACAUGGUGAAAUCUCGUCUCUACUAAAAAUACAAAAAUUGCUCCUCCACAGGAGGCCUACACGCCGCCGCUUGUGCUGCCGCCAUGUCGCUAGUGAUCCCUGAAAAGUUCCAGCAUAUUUUGCGAGUACUCAACACCAACAUCGAUGUGCAGCGGAAAAUAGCCUUUGCCAUCACUGCCAUUAAGGGUGUGGGCCGAAGAUAUGCUCAUGCGGUGUUGAGGAAAGCAGACACUGACCUCACCAAGAGGGCGGGAGAACUCACUGAUGAUGAGGUGGAACGUGUGAUCACCAUUAUGCAGAAUCCACGCCAGUACAAGAUCCCAGACUGGUUCUUGAACAGACAGAAGGAUGUAAAGGAUGGAAAAUAUAGCCAGGUCCUAGCCAAUGGUCUGGACAACAAGCUCCGUGAAGACCUGGAGCGACUGAAGAAGAUUCGGGCCCAUAGAGGGCUGCGUCACCUCUGGGGCCUUCGUGUCCGAGGCCAGCACACCAAGACCACUGGCCGCCGUGGCCGCACUGUGGGUGUGUCCAAGAAGAAAUAAGUCUGUAGGCCUUGUCUGUUAAUAAAUAGUUUAUAUA